AGAGAGAGAGAGAGAAGGAGAGAGAGAGAGAGAGAGCGCGAGGGAGGGACAUUGGGAUUCCCGAUUUUCGAACCCAUUUAUGUUCUCGAGUCCACCAAACAUAUCCACCCCUCGCCUCCCUCUUGCUGGAGCAGACGGGCUGGCUCACCUCCCAUUCUGCGAGCCUCGUCUGAGGACGAGAGGAGAGAAGAGGACCACUGUUGGGCAAAUAGGACCACCAUCUCCACUGCGAAUGGGCCAUAAUAACUUCUGAAUUUGGUCGCUCGUCGUCCGCACUCUCCCCAUGCAUGUUUCCCAUACAGGGGAGGAAGAAUUGGGUCGUUUUCUUUCUCCGCCAAUCUUGCGGGGCUCGCUUCCACAUUGUUGGGCGGGCGCAAUUGGUCUUGUGAAGGAGGAGGAGGACCAGGAGGAGGAAUUUGGCUGCGGUGCGGGGUUUUGGUUGGUAGGUCGGUCGGGCGGGUCGCGACGAUGUCUGUGAGACUAUGGGCGAAAUUGGCUUCGGGUGCGCAACGGAAGUAACGAAUAAUUCUCGCUUCUUGCAGCUGACGUGCAACGUCUGGUAGCCGAGAACUGAAUUUUGCAAUUGUUCUCGAGGUGGCCCCGUGGCUGACCCAGGUCGAUGAACAGUCAACAGGACGAUGGGGGACGAAAGAAUUGCGACGACUGAAACUGAUCAGUCGACAUUAUCGGCCAUCAAUGUAUUCGUCACUGGCCAACCCGGUGUGGGAAAGUCCUGGUUGGUACUGAAUGCUGCGAAGAAACUGCCACAGGAUGUAAUAGCGGGCUUUUACACUGUGGAGGCUCGUAACCCGAAGACUGGCGAGAAAAUCGGAUUCGAUAUUGAAACUUUUUCGGGCGAGCGUGCACCACUAUCUAGAAUGCGGAAAGGAUGUGGUCCAAAGGUUGGCAAAUACUACUUCGCUCUAGAUGAUUUUGAGAGGGUCGUACUUCCGCUACUGAAGCCUACUAAGGGUAUCAAGCUCCAUAUUGUGGAUGAGGUAGGACGCAUGGAGCUUCAGAGUGAGAGGUUUCGCGAUGCUCUUAUGAAUCUCCUCGCUUCCCCACAAACAGCUGUUUUUGGGUCUUUGCCUGCCCCGAGAUUUGGACAUGAUUUGCCAUUUGUGGAGGAUAUUAAGCAGCGUGCAGACACAGCAACCUUGACACUCACGAAAUCAAAUCGAGAUACAACUGCUCAAAAAGUGGAGUCAAUUUUGAUGAAUAUCGUGGGAUCUUCAGCCACCAAUCAGGCACCAGUGCAGGUUAAGCAGCCAGAAGUUGCAACAGUUUCAGAUAUCUCAACCGGCAGCACUCUUUUGUUUGACCCCUCUGAUUUCCUAAACUCCACCGGAUAUUGCCCAACAGAAGAACCCGAUAUGAAGCGGAUGAGAUAUAGUCAGUCAUUAGACUGAUCCCCAUUUUUUUUUUACGAUUGUGUCUCCGAAUCUACAGGGGUCUUUAGCAAUCCUUCUGAAGUUUGGUCAGUGCAAACUUGUACAUGUUACCAAAAAGGGGAUUGAACUCAAAAGGAUUGUCACGUCUCAAUUUAUGGAUGCCUGUUUUUCCUUGUUUCAUAUGUAGAGCCUGAGAGAUGACCAAUAGGUUUCAGACUUUUCCUGCGUGAAUGGACUGUGCUGAGUACAGUCGGGUUCAUUCAAAAGUCUUUAUCAAAUCAUUAUGCAUUAGAUAAGUGCAGCAGCAGCAAAUUCGGAAACUCAGUCACAGGUUUUGCAUCUUGUACAAUCACUCUUUAUGCAUUGGGGCUAUCACCUCUGCGUUCCAAGUUCACCAGAACCAGAACGAGCGUUUCUUU